AUGAAGGUGCUAUCAGUAGUUUUGUUCUGCGUUCUGGCGGUCGCGGUGAGCGCUGCGAACCAAUGCCCCGUAGAGCAGGAGACCGAUUGGGAGAUUGAGAAGUUGCUGGCACACGAGGACUGCGACAAGUUCUACAAGUGCUCGUACGGGAAACCUAUCGAGAUGCCGUGCCCCAAAGGCCUACUCUUCAACGUCGAACUUGGGCAGUGCGAUUGGGACGAAAACGUAGAUUGCGGCGAUAGAAACAUCCCAGAGGCAGACGAUGGUGACACUGAAGGGGACGGUGAGGCUGAUGGUGACGGUGGUUCGGACGGCGACGGUGGUGCAGACGGCGACGACGGUGCGGACGGCGACGGUGGUGCGGGUGGCGACGGCGAAGAGUCCGUUGACCCCUGCGAGGCGGGCUCUGAAGAAACCCCCGAUUUCGAGACCCUAGAGAACGGUUGCCCGCUGAAUACGACCAUCCAUUGGCUGCUGCCAAGCGAGGGCAGCUGCAGUGAAUUCUAUUACUGCUUGAAUGGCGAACUAGUGCUCAUGAAUUGCCCAAGCACGUUGCACUUCAACAGAAGGCUUCAGGUAUGCGAUUUGCCUUUGAACGCGUGCUGCGCACAGUCCUUUGACAAACAUUUACCGAGCAGACUCCAACUGUUGAAGAAA